AUGCCUCGAUCGGCGCUGAUCAUCGUCGACGUACAGAACGAUUUUAUUGACGGCACUUUGGCGCUGCGCCAAUGUCCCGCCGGCGAGGAUGGCAAAGAGGUGGUGCCGGCAAUCAAUCAGCUCCUGACCACGCAGACCUUUGACCAGAUCGUCUACACAAUGGACGCCCAUCCGCCGGAUCACGUUUCCUUCAAAGAGUGGCCUGCCCAUUGCAUCGCUGGCACUAAGGGACAAAAGCUUCACAGCGAGCUCAUUGUUGAUCCACAGUUGGAUCCAAAGUGGAUUAUCAAAAAAGGAACUGACCAAAAUGUGGACAGCUAUUCGGCAUUCUGGGACAACGAGCACACAAAACAGACGGACCUACAGGAAAAUCUGCAAAAGAUCAACAUUGACACUGUUUUCAUUGUUGGACUCACCUUUGACAUUUGCGUCUACUUUACCGCACUUGAUGCGGCUGGUGCUGGCUUCAACACGUACAUCAUCAAAGACUGUUGUCGUUCUACACAACCAGCCGAAAGUGAAGAGCUUAAAGAGAAGAUGAUCAAACUUGAAAAAGUCGGUGUCCACUUGAUUGACUCCACUCAAGUGCCUAAACUACUUUCAUGA